AUGAGAUUUAAAGUUGAAAAUCUUUCAAAGAAGAAACCAGAUGGAAGCUAUUUGUUUAAAGACAUUUCAUUUACUCUUUUUGAUAAGGAGAUAGUAACUAUUACUGGACCAACUAGCAAGACAACAUUAUUGAAAUGUCUUUCACAAUUAAUAGUAUAUGAUGAUGGCCAUGUUUUCAUUGAUGACAAGGCACCAGAAGAUGUUAGCAUUCCUAUUUGGAGAACUCGUGUUCUUUAUGUUCCACAAAGACCUCCGAUAAUUCCUGGCACUCCUUUGGAUUAUCUUAAGAAGAUAAGAUCUUUUAAAGCACAACAGAAAAUCGCGCAUUUACAUAAUGACCCUAUUGAAAUAUCUUCAAGGUGGGAUAUUAAAGAAGCAUUGUGGGAAAGUGAUUGGAAUCAAUUAUCAGGUGGUGAAAUUCAACGUAUAUCACUUGCAAUUGCAUUAUCCUGUAACCCUGAAGUUUUACUUCUUGAUGAGCCAACCUCGGCACUUGAUCAAAACUCUUGUUUAUUGGUGGAGGAAACACUCAAAAAUCAUUCUUGUAUUUGGAUCACGCAUAAUCCUGAACAAGAAAAUAGAAUCUCUUCAUACAAAAUUGUUUUAAAACCUCACGAAGAAAGUAAUAAUGAUGACAGCAACAACACCGGUGAUCUUUUAUUAGAUAUCUAA